AUGUCGUUGAAUGGCCUUGACGAUGCUCCCGUCACCGAAGCAUAUCAAUCCGCUCUGACCGAGGCGGGCGGCUGGUUCUUGCUGAAGUAUGCGUCCAGAGACGCCGUCGAGAUAUUCAACUUUGGCUCCGGUGGCCUGAGCGAAGCACGCGCAGCCCUGCUCGACUACGACGAGAAAUCCCCGCUGUACGGCUUCCUGCUAUUCAGGCGCCGCAAGGUCCUACUCAAAUACGUGCCCCAGGGCACCUCGCGAUUGCUACAAGCUCGCGUCACCGUCCAUUUUACCGAAAUCGAAGAGAAGUUCACGCCGCACGACUCCGUCUUCAGCUUCACAACCCCGCAGGAGCUUUCCGACCAUGCCCUUUCAGCAGCGAACUCGCUGCACACGGCAGCCCCGUCUACAAGCGCGUCAUCCACGAGCUCCAAGAAAAAGUUGGAUGGAAUAGAUGAGGACGCGGAGGAGGGCCAGGGAACGAGUGGGAAGGGCGAGGGUGCUGCAUUGGAACGGACGGAGACAGUGGCAUCAGCAGCAAAGGUGGAAGCAGCGCCCGAUACGGCAUCAAUAAGGUCCCGUCCAUUCUCGCCUACCGGAUACGAAGAGAGGCGGCCCGAGACGCCAGGAACGUCUGGGGGCGACGCCAGCUCUGUGAUCGCCAGUCCGAGGGGUUACGCACAGUCGGUCAGAUCCUUUAAAUCUCUCAAUCACUUCGACCACCAGCACUACGACGACCCGAACCGCCGCUCCUCCUCGCAGACUGCCCGCGCCGACCUCGACUUCUCCUACCUCUACAAACCGAAGGUUAAGCUCGGUCCCCGCCCUACUCAGGAGCCGCAUUCGCACGCGGCCGAGUCCAAGAGCGCAAAGCUCCCUGCGAGCCUGAAGGCGGCCGUACGCAGCAAGGGGAGCUCUUCCAGGCCCAAGUCCAGGGAUUCGAGUACGGUGCCCAGCUCAGGCUUCCCGCCCCCGCCGCCCGUUCCCACGAUUCUAGAGAUGCCCGCCACGACCCCUGCGCGCCCCACAUCCAGUACCGGCGCCAAGUCGAGUUCAAAUUCCGUUAAGUCUCCAGGCAUAACCCCGGAAAAGCAGCGCUUGAAGCGCGCAGUUGAGCUUCGGAAGAAACAGAAGGCCGCGCAGCUAGCGAGACAGAAGUCAAGCGAAAAGCAUGACCCCGAUGCCACGGCAGGUGCCGAGGAUAAGGAGGAUUCAGCGGGGGAGAAGGCGCCAGAGGCGGAGGGGGACGAUAUUGCAUCGCAUCGCGAAACGACGUCCAGCACGGAUUCGGGGUCGACUUUAAAGCCUGAUGAGGCUCUAGGAACGCCCGACCACACUAAGGCUGACUCCGGCGUGCAAUUGAUGAUCAGUGGAGCCGGAGAUGAAGAAGACGCUCGGCCUCCCACUCCUGUCGCGUCCUCCCCAAUAUCCGUUCAGGAGUCGUCCAAUCCGUCGUCCACGCGCCCCUCGUCCAUCUCAGAUGGUGGCGAACACAAGGAAGAGCUGGACGCGGACGAGCAGGCAGAGGUUGCCUUGCCACACGACGGGGCUGCGGAAACUUCGCUCGGUCUUCCAUCGGCGGCGGAGCCAGCGCCAGCGCGGGCCUCCGGUGCCGAGCAUCCCAAUCGGGAUGUUUCAUCAUCUCCUGACAGGGGGGCGACGGGAGAACAUCAAACAGCGGCCGCCAAGGGCCCGGAAUCGUCAGAGGAUUUUACCACGGCACUGCCGUCUUCCUCUUCCCUUCCAGAACGCCGCUCCACCACGAAGAGCAAGCGUCGAGUUCCCGUCGACCCCAUCCGUGUCGAGCCCGGCGCGGAAAGUUCCGACGACGACUGUGACUACCUGUCCGACGACUCCCUGAUGGAGGAACUCCAGAGUGCGACGGUCGAAGAGGCCAAGCCAAUGUCCGUAUCCAAAUCGCCCAUCAUGUCUAUUUUCCCCCGUCGGAGAUCCCAGACUUCAACACAAUCAACAACAUCGACUGAGCAUCGCGUUAACUCCAACCCUCUUUCCAUGUGCAGGACGGUCACCCCGACCCGGCUUUCUCCUUCGCCCGAAAGCCAGCUCGGCGUCGGCCAGCGCUCUUUUUCCGCAUCGUACGCGAGUGAGGCGCAGCACGAAGCGCCGCUAGUCAAAAAGAGUAAUGUCUCAUCAGGCAUCUCGCAACGCAUCAAGGCCCUGGCAGAGAAGUCUGCCAAGGAGGGCACCCCGGUGACGCUCCCCAAAGUUGGCUACACCCCGGAACGAGGUGCCAUUAGCAUCGCUCAACGCUCGAACUCUUUCAGGGUAUCGCAUGCCUCCAACGCAGAAAAGCAGUUGAGGCGCCUCAGUAAAUCCUCGUUCAUUUCAGUCCCGCCGCUGGAGCGCCCUGCGUCCAAGGGCGAGAACUCAAGCGACAGCAUCCAGGCUGUUUACAACAAGGAUGCGAACAACAAGACCGAAUCGGUCACCGUGACCGCUCGCAUUGUUCGCUCGCCGCAAACUCCUGGUCAGGAGCUUGAAGACUCGCCCUUGGACCUGCAGCCGAGCCCCAUUUCUGUCGACCACCAGAAGGCCGAUGAGGCUGCCGCUCCGCCGUCCAUUGUCAUCCCUCCCGCCGUCGAAGAAGCUACUUUAUCACCUACCUCCGGCGAUGUUUCUCCCGCGCAACAGUCGAAUGCGCACCUCGAAUCCCCCGCGCAAGCCCUGCCCCGUUCGUCGUCGGAGAGCAGUUGGCGUUCAUUUGGUCGUAGGCGUAGCGAAGCCACCUCGCCGCCACCCAUGUCGCGCAGCCAGUCUGUCAUUAGCCUUGACAGCGUGGCAACCGAAGAGGGAGAGGAGAAGAAAAAGGGAAAUCGGGCGAGCCGGUUACUGAAGCGUAUGAGCAACAGCCUUACCUCAAGCAAAAAGAGCUUGAACCAAAUGAUGAGUUAUGCAGUGCAGGAAGAAGCCCCUCAGCCUAUUGAAGAGGCAAAGGAAUCCCAACCCGGCAUUGAGAUCGGCGAUCUGAAUGUCCAGUUUCCUGACACCCUUCUCUGGAAGAGACGAUGGGUCGAGAUCGACGUUCAAGGCAAUAUCGUCCUUACCCUCUCCAAGGCCAACGAACAAUCCAAAGGUAUCACCAAGCGCUACCACCUUAGCGAAUUCUCAGCCCCCUUUGCUCCUGACCAAGAACGGGAGGAGAUGCCCAACAGCGUUAUGCUUGACUUUCACGAUGGUCGUACGCUGCAGUGUGCUUGCGAGAGCGCUCCCGGACAGACGCGCGUGCUGAGCCUUCUGAGGGAGGCUCACAAGUCCUGGUCUCGUUAA